UUCACCACACACUUCUUCCUUGAGCAUUCGCUAGGUGAGGCGCUCUGGAGCGGACAGACCCGAUCCACUCAUGAACCGGCAGCACUCGCAGAACUAUUCUCUGGUGAUACACAACAAGAAUUGCUGUGUGUUCCGGGACGACUUCAUUGCCAAUGUGCUGCCACCGGUGCUGGGGCUGGAGUUUGUGUUUGGACUCCUGGGCAAUGGCCUUGCUCUGUGGAUAUUCUGCUUCCACCUUAAGUCCUGGAAAUCCAGCCGGAUCUUCCUGUUCAACUUGGCCGUGGCUGACUUUCUCCUCAUCAUUUGCCUGCCUUUCCUGACAGACAACUAUGUGAGGAAGUGGGAUUGGAAGUUUGGGGACAUCCCUUGCCGGCUGAUGCUCUUCAUGUUGGCCAUGAACCGCCAGGGCAGCAUCAUCUUCCUCACGGUGGUGGCCGUGGACAGGUAUUUCCGGGUGGUCCAUCCUCACCACUCUCUGAACAAGAUCUCCAAUCGGACAGCGGCCAUCAUCUCCUGCUUUUUGUGGGGUGUCACCAUCGGCCUGACGGUUCACCUCCUCUACAAAAACAUGUUGACCAAGAACGGGCCCGCGAAUCUGUGCAGCAGUUUUAGCAUCUGCAAAACCUUCCGGUGGCAUGAUGCCAUGUUCUUCUUGGAGUUCUUCUUGCCCCUGGGCAUCAUCUUGUUCUGCUCUGCCAAAAUCAUCUGGAGCCUGCGGCAGAGACAACUGGACAAGCAUGCCAAGAUCAAGAGAGCCAUCAACUUCAUCCUGGUGGUGGCCAUUGUCUUCAUCAUCUGCUUCCUGCCCAGCGUGGCCGUGCGCAUCCGCAUCUUCUGGCUCUUGCACACCUCGGGGACGCAGGACUGUGAAGUGUACCGCUCAGUUGACUUGGCCUUUUUCAUCACCCUCAGCUUCACCUACAUGAACAGCAUGCUGGAUCCACUUGUGUACUACUUCUCCAGCCCAUCCUUUCCCAACUUUUUCUCCAUGUUGAUCAACCGCUGCCUCCGGAAGAAGACACCUGAUGAGCCAGAUAAUAACCGCAGCACCAGCUUGGAGCUCACACAGGACAUGAGUACUACCAGGAGUGUCCCGAACGCCUUAAUGGCUGACCCCAGUGAACCAUAGAGCCCCUCUUUCUGGCCCCAUCCUCUCGUUAAAUAACCUCGCCAAAAGGGGAGGUUGUCACCAAGAACCAGGAUCUCUGGAGAAACAGUUUGGAUGUUGCACACUAGACCUGGCCUCCAGUUCCCUGGAACUUCCAAAUUCAGAGAAUCAGAUUUAGAGAAAUGGCACGGCAGAGCCGGAGGCUCGGUUGCAAGGUGCGAUCACAGAAAUCUCGAGGAACGGAGAGUAAAGGCACCUGAAACUUCUGCUUCGUCUCCAUACUUACAGGCCCAAGGUGGGCUGAUUGUCCAUUUUCUGUUGCACUGGGAUGAAGCCAGGGAGCUGCCCAUCGGUACCUGUGACUCGUUGGCUUCUUACCUUCCCCAGACUGAGACUUGGGUGACCCUCAGCUCCUAGUGCACUAUCUAGCCUCCUCAUGAACUUCAGAGAGAUAAGAAAAGUCAAGAGAUUGGAGGGGAGUUAUGUUACUCCUGGAGGGGACUCAGGCAUGGCUAAGCAAGCCAGCAGGUCACCUGAGUUCCAUGGGCCCAUUCACCUUUCAGCCAUGUUUUAGCAGAAAAGGGCUAGGUGAAGAGAUUCUUAAGCUUUGGUUAAUAUCUGAGAUUCCAGAGGUGGUCAGAAGGGGAUUAUCCCCAGGAGGGACUGAGCGGAACAGUGUUCUGAGGGAUAAGGAAUGGUAUUUGUGCCAUAACCAGUAACUAAUCCAUUCUUCCCUCAUUUACACUAAUUUGAAGAUCGAGCAGUUAAAAGGCUUCAGGGAAGAGAACUGCUUCCCAUCUGUUUGCUUCUAUCAUAAAAGGGAAAUAUGUGGUUGCCCCGUGGUUAGGAGGAAAGAAUCCUCCUGGUUUGUUUGCUUGUGUUUCUGUACUUAUAAUAAUAUCUACCAUUUUAAUAAAUUUUGAUAGGAGACACA